AUGGAGGCGUUUCCAAGCUCCAUAUGUCGAGCUUGCCGAUUGCGGUUGCUCAAACCCUCGCAAAACCGGGCAUUCAGCACAUCGCCAGCUCACAUGUACAUCCCUCCUGAGUCACCUGUUUUCGUCGAUGUCCCGGAGCCCCUUCAAUCGUUGCGCGACCGACCGGCCCCGGCCAAAGGUGUUCUCCCUGUCCCCCGGGAGCUUUUUCCCGCUCGCCGCCCGGACAAGCCAGGCAAGGAGUAUUUGGCGAACGUGACGCGCGACCCUCUACCUAAAAACGUUCUGCCACCGGAAAAACUCACAGAAAUUGGGAAAUAUAAACGCCGAAUGGCCGACCUGCGGAAAUCAUACCUCCGUGACGGCCUGAAAGAGCUCUAUAGUCGAAAGAGAUCCGUCGACAGCCAACUCGCACACAACAGUGCCCUUAGGCGACAGGAGACCGCCCGGCUCGCCGCUCAGCCAGAGCGAGAAGACGAACGAUUGACAAAGAUUUCAGUCCCUUCAGCGAUGCAACCACAAAAGCCGCUGCAGCUGUCUCCGGAAGAAGAACUCGCGAUUUACAAUACCCGCAAGGCGGCACACGAGGCUCGACUGGCAGCGAAGCACGAGGACCGUCUGGACAAGCUGCACACUCUCUACAUGAAUGCUCGCAGCUUCAUCACCACCAAAGAUCAACUCGCGGCGGCGCUUGACGCGACUUUUACAACUACCAGGAGUAUUUGGCGGACCGGCAAGCCAGACACCGUGGAAGAAAUGAUUAGGCGUGGCCGGGACAGAACUGCAGACCAGGGCCGUGGUGGUCUGAUGCUCGCGUCCGAUGUAAACGAGCGGGCCCUGCGUGAUCAGGAACGUAUGCAGAAGAUCGCCGAGAAGUUGAGCGGUGGCAAGAUUUGA